UUCCGUUGUCAGGUGGCGCUGCUAUGGAAAGAUGCGAUCAGAAAGCUGACGAAUGGAAGCUGUUCCCGAGUGGUCAUUUCGGUAAUAGUGGCUAAAACAAACAUUGCGCGAUAUCAACCCUCCAAAUACGGUCUCCUUUGGUUGGGGGCAACAAACUGCGUAUGCACCGAACAAAUACUUUUAAAGAAAUGUCCAUGCUGUAGCAUUACAACGCAGACUUUCCUCGGCGUUUUCAGCUCGAGAGCUCCAGCAUGUCUAAGCGGCGCUCAUUGGAGAGGGGGGCCGGAGAGACCUCAGGCAGGGCCAGCAAGCUCCUCUGUCCUGGAAUAGCUGGAAGCAACGCCAAGAGGGCAGGUCCCUUUGUCCUGGGGCCUCGUUUGGGGAACUCGCCCGUGCCAAGCAUCGUGCAGUGUCUGGCCAGGAAGGAUGGGACGGAUGACUUCUACCAGCUAAAGAUCCUGACGCUGGAGGAGCGGGGAGACGCGACCGGGGAGACCCAGGAGGAGAGGCAGGGGAAGAUGCUGCUGCACACCGAGUACUCCCUCCUCUCGCUGCUCCAUAACCAGGAUGGAGUGGUGCACCACCAUGGCCUGUUCCAGGACCGGGCGUACGAGAUUGUGGAGGACCCGGAGGCCAACAAUGGCAAGGUGCGCCGACUGAAGAAGCGCAUCUGCCUGGUGCUGGACUGCCUCUGUGCGCACGACUUCAGCGACAAGACUGCGGACCUCAUCAACCUGCAGCACUACGUCAUCAAGGAGAAGCGGCUGAGCGAGCGCGAGGCCAUCGUCAUCUUCUACGACGUGGUGCGUGUGGUGGAGGCCCUGCACAAGAAAAACAUUGUGCACCGAGACCUGAAGCUUGGAAACAUGGUGCUGAACAAACGAACUCAUCGGAUUACCAUCACCAACUUCUGCCUGGGCAAGCACCUGGUGAGUGAGGACGACCUGCUGAAGGACCAGCGAGGAAGUCCAGCCUACAUCAGUCCUGACGUACUGAGUGGCCGGCCAUACCAUGGAAAGCCCAGUGACAUGUGGGCCCUUGGCGUGGUGCUGUUCACCAUGCUCUACGGCCAGUUCCCCUUCUACGACAGCAUACCUCAGGAGCUAUUCCGCAAGAUCAAGGCUGCAGAGUACUCCAUCCCAGAGGACGGGCGUGUGUCGGAGAACACUGUGGGUCUGAUACGGAAGCUGCUGGUGCUAGACCCCCAGCAGAGGCUGACUGCUGCCGAGGUCCUGGAGUCUCUCAGCGGCAUUAUUGCCUCAUGGCAGUCGGUAUCCUCUUUGACCGGUCCUCUUCAGGUUGUACCGGACAUCGAUGACCAGGUCAGCCACCCAGAGCAUCUCCAGGAGGUGAAAAUGACGGAGGAGUCGUCACAGUACGAGUUUGAGAACUACAUGCGCCAGCAGCUGCUGCUGGCCGAGGAGAAGAACACUAUUCACGAGGCCAAGGCCAGUUUCCUCGCCAAGCGCCAGUUCAGCGCCAUCCCGCCCGUGCGGCGCCUGGGCCACGAUGCCACACCCGUCAGCCCUCUGGACGCAGCCAUCCUGGCCCAGCGCUUCCUCCGGAAGUAGCCCCUUCACCCAUCACCUUGCCCUCUGGGGGACAAGUGGGGUGGGGGACAAGGGUUGGGUCGGGAAGGUACCUUGAAACUAGUAUCUAUGGGAGCUUAGCCCGACCCUCCCUUGGGUAGAGGGAUCCCUAGCUGUGGAGAGUUAGGUAGGUGGAGUGGGAACAGACGGGGGGGGCAGAACUGAUCACUCACCUGACAACCUCUCAUAGUUUUCACACUUCAAGUCUGGGUGUCGGUGGUGUGCACAGGAAUGACAUGUCUGGAGAAUCUGAAGAUCUCAACCAAAGGCUCCCACUGAACCCACCCCUCAGCCAGCUAUGGGCACACAUGGGCUCAGCCAGCCAGCUAUGGGCACACAUGGGCUCAGCCAGCCAGCUAUGGGCACAUAUGGGCUCAGCCAGCCAGCUAUGGGCACAUAUGGGCUCAGCCAGCCAGCUAUGGGCACAUAUGGGCUCAGCCAGCCAGCUAUGGGCACAUAUGGGCUCAGCCAGCCAGCUAUGGGCACAUAUGGGCUCAGCCAGCCAGCUAUGGGCACAUAUGGGCUCGUACAGGCCAGGGGGAUACCAGACACGCGUGUGUGUUUGGACAUGGAAAAGCCCCCCCUAUAUAUUUCUCUCUGCUGAGACCUGGCCAUCGCCCUCCUACCUACCCCCAUUUAUUCUUGAAAACCCUGAGCAAUACAGGGCCAGAAGAACCAUGUAGCAACCUUCCUCUAACCUCCCUCUCCUCAACUCUCCAAACUAAGAUCACUUGAUCAUGGAUGUAAUUCACUCUCUUUAGUUUCCUCAUAACCAAAAUUAUCUGGACUAGUCCCGUCUCUAAGCUGAAGACUUCAAAUCUACCUCUCUCAAUCUUUACUUUUAUUUUUUUGUGUGCAUUUUAAACCAUGUCCACCAUUCUCGGAAAACAAGGAAUUGUCGGGGUAGUGUUGUCACCAUAGACAGAAAGCAUUACUAUGUUUUGGUGCAUAAUGGUUUGGAAUGUGGAAUAUGAAUAAGCUUUUUCCCUUAUGACUAAUAAGUAGCAUUUUAACCUAUCUAUUCUACAUUGAAAAUGCUAACUAUCAAAGGGUGGCCAAAUCGACUACUUCUGUCUUUAAGUCUAGCAGAUUAUAUUGUUUUCUUGCUUUCGCUCUCACCCCCAUUUGUUUUGCAUUUAGGUGUCAAGUACCUGGAAGAGCUGGAUGGGGUGACGUUUAUUAGAUGUUUAAUGUUGAUCCUCUCCCGUUAUUGCUCUUCUAAUUGGCAUCUUUGGUUAAUAAUCACGACGUGGACACUAUCAUUUUUGGGGGGGGUGAAAUCAUGGCCCGUCUUAACUGAUUGUUAGCCAAGGAAAUGAUACCUCCCCCUCGUUCACCACUGAACAACUUCCAGGUAUUCAACUUCCCGUUUUAUCCUGUGACAUCUUCAUUGUGAGACAGGUAUUGGGCAUGAAUUUGAGUGACUGGUAAUGCCAAUGAUUGUCAUUGUGUAGAUAAGUGUGAUUUGGGCCAGGGGUGUAUUAGACUAAGCCAGGGCCUUUUCAGUGGUAGGUGCCGACUAGAGCCACGUUAUUGAAGCCCAGUGAGUCAGUGCAGAUCCUUAAACUAACCAUCCUUCCCAAUCUGUUUAUCUUGCCUGCCUCAGUUGCUCGCACACACUGAGAACAUACAGGCUUUUUUUAAGACUGGCUGGACUGCAUGUGUCCGCUAUGAAAGAUGGGCAUCCCUCAUUUUGCCCCGGUCUUAGUCGUGAAUGCUCUAGUGCGUAGCCAAGUUUAAAAUCAAACAAAACCGUGAUGAUCAUAGUAGCUCUCCCUUUUAGCUGUUGUAAGUUAUAUUGUAGUAGCUGAGCAUGAAAGACUUACUAUGGUGUUGAUAGUGGUAAUUGAAUAGUGUAAUAUUUCAUAGAGAAACCGUGAGGUUGUCUGUAGCGUUAUGCACAUUCUCAAGCCUCCCUCUGCUGGCGGUGCCGUAGUGGUGCCAAACGUCGUGAUCAAUCCAAUCAUUCUGCAGUACACUCGUCUAAAGUACACUAGUGUCCUUGAUAAACGAUGACAUUGCAAAAGUAGGAAGAUAUUUAGUACGAAAAAUGUUUGCCAUUAUGUCGGCAAAUUUACUUUAGACAGAUGGCAAUGUUGUCAUUUGUUAGCAAAGUUUGUCAAAUAGCUGCCAAUGUUGCUAAGCUACUAACUCGUGAACAAUAUUAGUCAUCUGUUCACAUAAGCUUGCCCAUCUUUAUGGGUAUUCGCAUUGCUUAGACCUUCACCCUAUUUAUAUCCAAAUUGAUCACGAGUAGAAACUUGAGUCAGUUUUGUCCUAUUUCAUUGUAUAUUGUCUUUUUCCUCAAUUUCAUGUAUGUUAAUUUUGUUAUUUAUUCACUGUCCAUUUUCAGGCAUCAAAUCUAUUUUCCAUUUUUAGCUUUAAGCAAGAAGUGUUCUGGUUUCAUUUGUUUCUCCAAACAUUCAAACUUGAGCCGCCAUUGCAGUUUUUUCUCUCCAUCAGCCAUGUUCAUUAAAGAUCUCUUUUUAUAUUUUCUUUUACCAUUGCCACACACUCGUGGUCGAUUUAAGCUACACUAAUAAUGAGACUGACUCUGCAUAGUUCUAUUUUUUACACAAAUAAUCGUGCAUUAUGAUGAUUUAUUGUAGUGAUCUGUUUAUUACCCGGAUCCCAGUUCUGUUUGUGCAGACUUGCCAACUCCUGUUUCCUUGACAAUGACCAGCACAAAUCGAUCUGGGACCAGGCCAACUGUUUAUCGCCCCAUACCAGACUUUUGGUCAGUAUGUAAAUAUAAUACCAUCAUUACAGGGACAACACCAGUAGAGCGUCCAUCUAGUGGAACGAUACCAGCUCUGAUCAGGAGUACAUUCAGUAAGGUGAUAUGUUGCAGAUAGGAAUGUGUUGAAUAGAACUGACAUGAGUCCAAAUUCAACAUGACAGGAAAUCAGAUCUUCAUCUGAACGUUUUGUAACGUUGCACACUCUUGAACAGCCCCGCUUUAACACAAAUUCUAUAUAGACAUGCAUUAGAGGCAAUGCUAGCCACCACCUUUUGAGAAAAAUAAAUAAAUACAUGUAAUGAGAUUUUGAGAUGUUAGCUUUUUUCCCACCUCAAUGUGAAUUUCUGGGUAUAAAAGCAGUAUUGUAGUUGAUAGUGUGUCAGUAGUUCAUGAGAAAAUGGUAUUUUGUGAACUCCACAGCCCUUGCUGAAGUUGAAGGCAAAUUUGUGAUCCCGUCUUACUUGAGGGUGACCAUAACCCACUAUUGGAUAUAAAUAUGCAGGUUUAUUAGGUAAGACCCUUGAUAGUAAUGUAUUAUCUGAAGCAUUAUCAAGAUAGUGUUCACAUUUGGCUGUUGGACUUGUCCCAUUUGUCUAUGAAAGUUGUCCCCUUCAUAGAUGUUCUGUGGACUGAAAGCACCAUACGAAGCAUGAUCUUGAGCUCUUUGUAAAAUGUGAUUUUGCAUGAUUUUUAUUUUUUACUUGCAAGGUGGUCCCACAAUUAUAAUUGCCUGAAAUCAACCAACCAGGAAGAAUUGGGAAUUUGAGUCUUACAGAAAAACCUAAUGUUUUUCAUAAUACAACCGAUUUUUCAUUUAAUGAACAUUCAACUUAAGUUUUCAUUUUUACUAUAAUUCAAAAAAUAUGGGAAAAAUCUCAGUUUAACAAUGUAUUUGAUUUGCUGAAUAUUACAACUGGAAAAUAGAUGGUGUAUGAUGUGAUGGUAAAAAAUGGUUGAAAACCAGCAGGAUUUGUUGUAAGCUGCUUUGUUGGAUAUGAGCAUCUAAUACAAAAACCUGGCUAAUUGUACAGAGAUGAGAAAAAAGUUUGUAUAAAAGACAUAUUUUUGUACUUCAUCAAAUCUCUACAUGCAUGUCGGCAAUAAACUUUGAUAUGGAGAAGUAA